AUGACAUCAUGGUUAGAAAAUAUCAAGAAUCAACACGGUUCUCUUGUUGAAGAAGAGGAUGAAGAAGAGGAGGAACAGGCUCCAAAGCAACCGGAAGAGAAAAAACCAGAAGCACCAACAGAAAAACCUCAAAUUGAACAAGAACAAAAUCAAAAACAAGAAACCGCACCUACACAGCAAGAACCUGUAAAGACCACACCUACUCAAGACAAAUUUAAAUACGAGGGACCAAGUACAAGAGAAACUUACUUAUUCGCAACAAGCAUUGAUAAAAUUGAAUCAAAGCAAGAAAGAGAAUAUGUUGAAAAUCUGCUUAAAGUACGAGCAAAUUUAUCAAAUGUACUUGAUUCUGCUUCAAAGCCAUUGGAAUCUGUCGGCUUUCUUAAUAAAGCAGCAAUAUCUGCGAAGAGCAGGUAUACCAACUUGAGCAAGCUAAUUAUGUCUGUUCCAAUACCUCAUACAGCUGCAGCAAAAUCAAAAUAA